UUAAAGCUCUAAUUCUCUCGCUCUCUCUCAAGAUUCAAGAAGAAGGAGGGGGAGACGACGAAGCGUUCGUCUGAAUAAACUAAACCCAAAAGUAUUUUUGGGUAAUGAUGAGAGGAGAGACGAGACGCACGUAAAGGAGAAGGAGAAGGAGAAGAAGGAGAGGGCAGAGGAGGAGGCCUUGGUUGAGCAUAAUUAAAGUAUCCAUCUUUUUUAGAAAGACAGAGAGAGAGAGAGAAAGGGAGAGAAGCUACGACCCCAUCAUCACCAGAUUCAUCCUCCACAGUGAGGUGAGGUGAGAGAGAGAGAGAGAGAGAGGGUGAGGCUUUUGUCUCCCGGCUAUGCAUUCCAAAAAGAAAACCACCGAGACGUAAUAAGAAAGAACAACCCAUCAUUGCCACUUUGCCAUUUGUUUUUCCCACUCUUCCCCUUCCCCCCGUUUCGCUCUCUCCAGCUCGAAACUCGACACCAAUCACUCUCUCUCUCUCUCUCUCUUCCCCUUUUGCUUCUCCUCACUCUGUUGCCCAGCUGCUGCUUCUCGCUGAAGCUCCUCUGUUUCUCUCUCUGCCUCUGUCUCCGCGCGCGUCGUGGGUGUGGACGCUCGGUGGCGGGUUCGUGACAUGGAGAAGAAGCAGGGGUUCUUCUCCGCUCUCAAGGACGAGGUGGUGCGCGGCCUCUCCCCCUCGCGCUCCCGUCCCCGCUCCAGGGCCAAGAGCCCCCGCGGCAGGAGCGCGUCGCCCAUGAGCGGCCUCUUCAGGCGGAGGAAGGGGGGCCAGGUGGCGCCGCCCGAGCUGCUGAUCUCGAGAUCCGGGAGCCUGAUGCGGCCCGUCGAGGCUCUCUCCCCGCUGAUGGAGGGCCCCGAUCCGGACGGCGCGGAAUGCGGGGACUCCAGGAGGGGACACUGGAUGCGGGCGCCCUCCGUCUCCUCCUCUUCCUCCUCCGCCGCCGCCGCCGCAGCCGCCAGCAAGCAGUCGAAUCUGAGGCUUCUGCUCGGCGUGCUCGGGGCGCCGCUCGCUCCCGUGCACGUGGCCGCCUCCGAUCCCCUCCCUCACCUCAGCAUCAAGAACAUCCCCAUUGAAUCGUCGUCCGCGCAGUACAUACUGCAGCAGUACAUGGCAGCGUCUGGAGGACAGAAGCUCCAGAACUCCAUUAACAACGCAUACGCCAUGGGAAAGGUCCGGAUGAUAGCCUCCGAAUUCGAGACGCCCAACAAAGUCAUCAAGAACAAGAAUUCCUCUAAGGCCGCUGAGUCAGGUGGGUUCGUUCUCUGGCAGAUGAAUCCCGACAUGUGGUAUGUCGAGCUGGCGCUUGGGGGCAGCAAGGUUCACGCCGGCUGCAAUGGGAAGAUUGUAUGGAGGCACACGCCAUGGCUCGGUGCGCAUGCAGCGAAGGGACCUGUUAGGCCUCUCCGUCGUGCACUCCAGGGUCUUGAUCCAAGAACCACGGCAAGCAUGUUUACCAAUGCGCGGUGUAUUGGGGAGAAGAUGGUCAAUGGAGAGGACUGUUUCAUUCUUAAGCUUUGCGCAGACCCUGUCACCCUGAAGGCCAGGAGCGAUGGACCAGCUGAAAUCAUACGGCACGUUCUAUUUGGGUACUUCAGCCAGAAAACAGGGCUCCUCAUUCACUUGGAAGACUCGCACUUGACCCGGAUCCAGAACAACGGAGGUGAUGCUGUGUAUUGGGAGACCACAAUCAACUCCUUCCUCGACGAUUAUAGGCCUGUGGAGGGAAUUAUGAUCGCACAUUCAGGACGGUCGGUAGUGACCCUCUUCAGGUUUGGAGAAACUGCCAUGAACCAUACCAAGACCAGGAUGGAGGAAGCAUGGACCAUCGAGGAAGUGGCGUUCAAUGUCCCAGGACUGUCGUUAGAUUGCUUCAUCCCUCCCGCAGAAAUCAGGUUAUCCUCGAUCAGUGAGGCCUGUGAACUCCCUCAUGGUCAGAGAGCAAAGAAUGCGGCUGCUAAUCUCGGUAGUAAUAUACAUCGUGCCAGAGUUGCUUCACUAGACAGAUCUCAUGGUAGCCUGGCCCGCAGUUACAUUUAGGGAGACGUAUGCUCGCAAAGGAAAAAGAUGCGGCCUAUCUUUUCCCUGUGUGGUAGCGUGGAGUAGCUACCGAUCACCAUUAGAAGGUAUAUCUGAAUUUCAGCACUUGAUGAUCAAGGAUCUAAACUGUAAAUAGAGCACAACGGUCAGGAGGUGCCAGGCUGCCAGGAAGUGGGAUUUUGAUGGAAUGUGCCGGUGGAGUUUUCUUUUUCCCUUUCCUUUCUAGAACAAGAUCAGCUCUUUCGUUCAAAUUUUAAAUCAGGAUAUCCUGGAAUCACAUUUGAAGCGGGAUUCUUGUGGAAGUUGCUCAUUGAGCGCAAGCCAAUCGAUAUACUCACAGAUGAUCAGAAAGACAUGUAAAAAUCCGAGCGACUUCAAAAAAUGUGCAUAGUCAAAAUUUUCCCGAAUUCCCCACCGAGCUCGUCUCUUUUGUGGAUGUAAUCGCUAGCACUCACAACAAAUGAGCGACAUCAAAAUGACCUUCAAUCAGAAUGCCGUGAGAAAUAAGAUGAGUUGUUCUUUUGAGUUUCUUAGCUUGUACUGCUCUGUUUCUUGGCAUUCGGUUCAGGCAACUAAACCCUGCUAGCCCCACCAUGGAAGUCAUGGAGUACCAAUGCUUAUUCGGACGUCCGACCAAUCUAGUACCUUGGAUGUGAAGCUUUUAUAUUCUUGUCCUAUAUAUAUCUUCAAAUGUUUUAGGGGGGAAAAUCUCCCUUUGCAGAGUGGGCAUGUCCACUUUUUCCUUUUUUGACUGUUGACGGUUAGAAUCUGUAUUAAUGAAUGCUUCGAGGGCCCUUUUACA